UGCUUGUCGAAUUUAGAAUCCUCUAUUGUGUAGCGUAGUCUGUAAGUUAUAUUGUUCGAUGGAAGAAUACAUGUACAUAUUCGUAUAGCUACCGUACCCACACAACCCAGGACACAAACCCUCUCUGGUCAAAGUUCAGAACGACCAGCCCGUCGGUAUGCUAGCAAGAGUAAAAAUGCAACUUGAGUGAGAAGAAACUACGGUGAGAAACUUAGCAAUAAAAAGUGGAUGGUAGUCAUGGAUAUGAGACCUUGUAUUUUGUCAUGAUCAUGAUGGUGGAUUAUCUGAUCUAACUCUCCCAAGUUAGCAAGUAAAACGAGUAAGGUAGGAAGUUGGGCUUGUCAUCUCAGGACUGAACAUUCCUUCCUCCUGUAAACUUAAUGGCAAAAAGAUGCCACAUUCUGGCUGAGAAAUAAAGAACUGGGUCAUGUCCUAGUCUAGAAAAAUGGAUCACCCUCAUCAGUUCGCGUGUUUAAAAAUGGACUAACCUGACAAAAAAAUGAUGGAGGAUAAAAGUCUCUUUGUGUAUGAUUAUGUCAAUUUGAAGAACAGGCAGCUCAUCCGGAAACAUGGAAAGAAACGCAGCCUCGGCGACGUGAACGGGAAGUACCGUUACCAUGCGCCUCAGCAGACGUCAAGUGUGAUGGGUUCGCUGAUCAAUCUGGACUUCCCUGAAACGAGGGCCAUCAACACCAAGUCCGCCAACGCCAUCAUCUCAGAUCAGAGCCAGCAGAUCAGGAACACUUACCAGAAGACAUUCAGGGCAUCAACAUUGGAUGCAUGGAGCCGCCCAGAGUCUUCUGUGGAGAAUAGACCAUACAGCAGUUUAGACAAUCGACCUCAGACUGCCCCUGACUCUUUACAUGAUCUGCAGCCUCAGGUCAAUAAUAGAAUCAACAAUAACAACAGCAGACCUCACACAACAGGGAACCGGAAUCAGCGCACCCCGUCCCGGAAGCCUCCCCACCCAUCAGGAUUCAUGCUGGUCAAGAUGAAACCAGACGGUUCCAUCAAGAACAUGGGCUUCAAGAGCGUUACCCAGGAGAUACGAGAGUGGUGGGAGGAGGAUGAUAAGAAACAACGCGAGAAGGCGCGCAAGGCUCAUAGUCAGAACCUGAAGCGGUAUGACUCGUUCGCGGGACAGUGGCUGAGCUUCGCUGGAGAAAACGAGGAGUCGGAAGGGGUCAUAGAAGCCUUUACAGGCAAGGUACCCAAGGAUGAAUUCUACAGCAUCGAGAGCCGAGUAGGAGCCAGCGUAGCAACUCAACUUAAGAAAGGCAACAAGGUGCGGGUUGGAGUCAACGGCACCCUGCAGUCAGACAGCCUCAGGGUUAAGAAGUGGAAGAAUGACCCAGAUACAACCAGCAAGGACCAGACGGUGGAAGACAUCUUUCGGGAAGCUCGGGCGAGGGCGCCAAGUCCAGUGCCGUUCCAGAAAGAGACUGAAGGGAAGGUCAGGACCAGAGCAGCCGAGGACCUGGUACCGCUAUCCUGGACAGAACAAGUUGCUAAGCCUAAUGUCAAGGUCAUGGAAUUGAUUGAAGCAAGCACUCCACCUGCAAAACCUGACCUCUCAGAACGUCAUCCUGUGGUGUUUCAUCCCCUGAUGAAGGACGGCAGCAAACCACAGCGCGGCAUCAAGCUUGGCAAGUACCGCAUCAACCAACAGAGCAGAUCUAAGAUCGGCAUCGACGGAGCUCAGAGCCUCAAUAACAGGAUCACCCAUGUCACCAUUGAUCAGAUUGAUAGAGCUGAUAGCGAGUACAGAGAACUAACCGAUGCUGACUAUGAGAACCUUCUGAAGGAGAAACUAAGAUCGGUCAGUAUGGAAGCAGACUCGGAAGACAAUGAAGAGGAUGAUGCAAUCUUGGAAAGUGUCAGUCCUAGAAGGGUUGCUGAGGAUGUGCGGGAGGCAGCAUCCAUAUGCAGCAUUGGCAAGGAAAGUGAAGCAUCAGGACUUACUGUAGAGAAGCCUGCAUCAGCUAGACCCCAGGGAUCGACAGAUAUUAUAGGUGUAACGCAGAUAAGCUCUCGUGCGGAGAAGCCAUACGUCCGGCAAGUUGCAAGUGCGAUGCCUGGUAUGAGACAAGCUCGUUCAAACGAUGCACAGUUGACGGCACCUCCUAGAAGCAUGAUCCGAUCUGCAGGAUCACAAAGGAUACAACCACCUAUAGACAGUACCAGUCAGAGACUAGGAGCCAGAUCUGCUGGCUCACAGAGGGCACUGUCUAGUGCCUCCAGCAGGAUUAAGUACUCGUUUGACCAGAAGGUGACCCCAAGAAAUGCCCACAGUCCAAGACCCAACCUGGCCAGACCAGGGCACCUUCCUCGUACCAAGGUGUCCAGCAUCAGUACAGGUCCACAAGAAGGUGAUGCUGAGUACAUCAAGAUCUCGCAACAGAUCUUGAAACCAGGUGAUGGCCAGGAUCGUGAUGUAGGAAUGAUAGCACAGAUCUCAGACUUUACCCAGGGACAGUUUGGAAACAGAGAUCCCUCCAUAAGUAGCAUGGAUGAAGGAGGAUCAGUAGACAGUAUGAAUGUGCAUCGGGGAGAUCCUCACCAAGAGAAAGCCCACUAUCAUGAAGACGGCACCAAGUGCACCUGUUCUCCUGAAGCCAAGCGUGUCAUGUCUGCUGCCCUCUCUGCAAUGUCUCAUGUCUCGGCUGAUCACUCUGUCAUCAAUAUUCCGACAGCCCCGAUGACUCCAACUGACUCCGAUAGAAACUCUCUCUCUGACAUGGAUCCUCUGUCCUCAACGUCUUCAUUCCGCAGAGCAUCUUUGGGUGAGGAAGAUUGGAAGGAAUCGUCCUUCGAUGAGGGUGGCCAGGUAGCAGAGAGUGGUGAUCAUGGCCCUGGAGUCACUGAAGUAAGCUCGCCUACACCAUCCAAAGAGAUCGUCAUCAACAGACACGAUGGUCUUGAUUCCCUUGGGAUCACGCCCCCUCGCUCUGCCGGCAAGAAGCGCACCGUCAAGUUCUCCGACGAAGUCGACGAGCCAUUUGUACCAUACACCUCGCCAAUCUCCACCCCAAGGGAUCCUCAUCACCCUGGGUCAGCGGAGGGCAGUCUUCACUCGGGAGAGUUUGUUCAUGCUGACAACCGCCCAGAUCUGACCGCCUCCGGUAAGAUGUCGGGAGAGGCUGCUGAAGAGCUGAACGAACUGAGAGCCAAGAUUAAGGCAGACUUGCAGAAGUCACAAGCUGAAACGGAACAGGAUCUGCGGGAGAUGAAAUCUCCAGCACCUGCUGUUUGAAGGGAUGGUUUCUUGUUUCCUAUUUUAUGCUUUGUACAUUGUUAAGAACAUUUGAUCUGUAUGAACUCAUCUUUUUAUAUUGGUUGAACCUUUGUCUAUUAAAACAGUUCACAAAGUAUCCAUUUUCAGACAGGGGCAGUUUAGAUUUAAAUGAGGAAAAGGAAAUGGAAUGGAGAAGAAACUGCUAUUUUAAUGCAUUUUACCCACGAAAGGUGUUCACCAGAGUUACAUGUAUUAUGCUUUGUAUUGAUCCAUUUUUGGUGGGGGGGGUGAUAUGUUUUCUAAUGUAGGAAAUGCAAAUAUUUCAUUUUGAAGGCAGUUUAGUAACUCACAAAUCACUGAUUCUGCUGCCAAUUCAAUCAUAAUUGCAAUCCUCUCGAUCGGAUAGCAAUGGUCAUAGCUUUAUAAGCCAAUUAGUCAUUCAUUCAUUAGGGUCCUGUCUUACAAAGAGUUGUGAUUGAUCCAAUCAAUCUCAACCAUAUGGAAAUCCAUCAGCGUCAUAAUUUUUUUUUGUA